UGAAAAUGCCCGGCCAAGAUUUAUCAGAAGAUAAAAAACUCAAGAUUCUGGUUGCUGGGGCGGCCGGGUUCUUAGGGUCACAUCUUGUAGACCUUUUGCUAGAGAAAGGCCAUGAGGUAAUUGGCCUGGACAACUUCCAAACGGGCUUUCCCAACAACCUAAAACAUUUGGUGUCUAGUACCAAAUUUACCCUUGUCCGCCAUGAUGUGCGAGACUCUUUACCAGUAUUGCCUAUUGUGGACCAGAUAUAUCACCUUGCUUGUCCAGCGAGCCCUAUUCAGUACCAGAAAGACCAUAUUGGCACACUAGAUACCUGCUACCGAGGGACGAAAAGUCUGCUAGAAUUCGCAACAAAGCGCAAGAUCCGAAUUCUAUUCACAAGCACAUCUGAAGUCUACGGAGAUCCCAAGGUCUGUCCCCAACCGGAGACGUACUGGGGGAACGUGAAUCCGUUUGGUCCCCGAUCUUGCUAUGAUGAAGGGAAACGAGUCGGGGAGGCUCUAAUGUAUGGAUAUCGGGAACAGCAAGGGACUGAUAUUCGGAUCGCCCGUAUUUUUAAUACGUACGGACCGCGAAUGGCUGCCUCGGAUGGAAGAGUUGUUUCGUCAUUCAUUGCGAGCGCGUUAUCGGGACAACCAAUCCAGGUGACUGGCGACGGUUCAGCGACACGUUCAUUCCAAUAUGUUAGUGACUGCGCGAACGGCCUGUAUAAGUUGAUGAAUAGCAAUUACGCAAAAGGACCGGUGAACAUAGGGAACGAUAACGAGAAUACCAUAUUACAGUUAGCGGAAAUGGUUGCGGAGCUAGUAGCGAACAUUACUAGUCAGCACCCCAAGGUCAAUAUCACAUUCCUUCCAUCGCCGGUGGAUGAUCCUACUAUUCGACGACCAGACAAUUCUCUAGCGCUGAAAGAGCUGGGGUGGAAACCGAUUAUGUCUCUCGAAGAGGGCCUAAGACACACCAUUCAUUGGCAUAUUGAGGAAAUGAACCGUGGUGGCCACCGUGGAGUGCGGCUGUAA